AUCUCUUGACAAGAUGAUUUCCAGUGGAGGCUCUAGCCGCUUGCUUGCACGGCGACAGCCUGUUCGUCAGCAGCAGCGGGCCUUUGCGUCGUUGCGCUCAUAUGUUCCCCUUCAGCGUGCACUAAAAUGCGCUGCUGAGCUAAAUGGUGAAAACCAUGGAGAAAAUAUGCGGCCACAGGAUUUCGCCAAACGUGUUGCAAGCAUGGCUAUGGCUGGCAUCGCUUCGGUGGCCAUCCUAGCACCAGGCGCCUUCGCUCGGCCGCCUGGGGUUAACCGUCCCGAACUCCUGCCAACCGGAGGGGAGGCCACACCUGUGAUUGACGUCGCAGGCUUCUUAACGACUUCGGAGGAAAGGCGCAUUGCGGCGGAGGUUACCUCCCUGGAGCACGACACGGGCUUCAAGCUGCGUGUCUUGGCGCAGAAUUACCCUGAAACGCCAGGUCUCGCUGUACGCGAUUACUGGGGUGUGGACGACAACACGAUUGUGUUUGUGGCGGAUCCAACGUUUGGUGACAUCCUGAACUUCAACGUUGGGGCCGCAGUAGAUUUGGAAGUCCCACGGAGCUUUUGGAGCCGACUAGCCGGAAAGUACGGCAACAAGUUUUACUGGCAGCAGAAUGGCGAGGCGGCCUCCAUCCUGAACGCGGUCUCUGCGAUCGACACCUGCUUGCGUGAGGAGCCAGGCCGCUUGAAAUGCAGCACUGUGCAGGGAGAGCCUGAGGAGGCCUCCGACUCCGGCGGACUGAUCAACAAGAUUUUCGGGUAGUGAUGACUGAUGAGGUCAUUUCCAGUUUUCCUGGGUUGGUUUCUGAGCGUCACAAUCGUGAGGCGAUUGUAUGGAGAGCUCUUUGUAGGCUGCACAUUGUCGACGGCGACAGGGUGGGG